UAUUAAUAAUUGGUAUCUGGUCACCCCUGUAGGUAGUUAUAGUAGUGACGUAGUGUAGACGUGUAAUAGUGUCUAUGGUUGUUUAGUUGUGUUAUUUUAUUUCUUGAUAGGUAGUAGCAAAGAUUUCAAUGCAUUUUAAAGAAACUACUAUUACAACGUCAAAAACAAUGUUUUGGAUUUUUGUCAUACUAUUAAUUACUUCAGACAUUAUAGAUAGAAAUCAACAUGUCCAAGCUAUGGAAUACACUAAAAACAACUUGACAAAUUCGGACCCCAUUUGGAACAAGUGGACCGAUUGUAAAGGCUCGUGUGGUGAAACUGGCUACAUGUCUCGAUACCGCAGUACUACGUCAAGUGAUAUUCUCUGUGAGUUUAAUCAAGAGUGGAAAACUUGCCACAUAUUAGGAUGUACAAUAAGCAAUUACACUAAGUCCACCGAAGGAAACGAACUCAGAACAGGAGAGUUAAAUUACAUCCUGUUACAAGCGAGAAACGUAAAUCGGAUGGUUUUAGACGCAUGUUUCUCGGGAAACUGCAACUAUUACGCCUUGAAGAACGCGUUUACAAAUAACACUGAUCGAUUGUGGAACGCGUUAUUAUGCGUUAAACACAAUUUAGGCUGUCCCGGUAAGUGGAUGUCAGUAAUAUAAUAAUUAUUGCUAUACGUCUAUACCAGCUUUUAGAUGGAUACUGUAACAUAUUAUUAUAAAUUAUAAUUAUUAUUAUUGUUACUACUUUGUCAAGUUAAAGGAGGUUGGAGUAAAUGGAGUUCUUGGUCAAAGUGCACAGCGACGUGUGGUUUUGGAAUGCAAUACCGAUUGCGAUACUGCGAUCAUCCUAGCCCUUCAAGAUCGUCGCUCAACUGUUCCGGAAACUACAUAGAAUUUAAAAAUUGUUUCGGGAAAUCAUGUGCAGCUA